CCUCCCUCCCUCCCUCCCUCCAUCACUUUCUAACCUCCUCCUCCUCCUCUUUUCUCGGCUGUGGAUGCCCUCCUCACUUACAGUAUGGACUCGGGAGGGGAAGGAGAAGAGGGCUGGAUGGAGGACCAGUGGGAGAAAUGGUUGACCCACGACAUCAGCCUGGAUGAGUUCGAAGAUGACGACCUGUCGGAGAUCACAGAGAUCACAGACGAGCGCGGGCUGAGCCUCAACUGCAACGGCCCCGACAUGAAGGGCCAUGUGAGGCGAGGAACCAAUCACACGUCGGUGAGGGCAGAGCUAGGCGCCGUCGGCCACCUCCAGGCAGAGAUGCUUCAUUUGGAACUCAUAGACGGUGCUGAGGGCUUCCUCGGCGAUCAGGAGACAUUGAAGGCGUCCGCCAUCGCCCCCCCGCCGGCCACCAAGGACCCUGCAGCAUCUGUGACCAUGGACACCUACCGGCCCAAGAGACCUACGACCCUUAACCUCUUCCCAAUCGUGCCACGCACACAGGACACGCUAAACAACAACUCCUUCGGGAAGAAGUACACUUGGCAGGAGAAGGUCUCCGGCUCGUCGUCGCCUCUGAAACCAGGUGAGCUCACCCCCCCGCACGAGCACAGCUGUCUGAGCGACGAGGACAAGGUGCAGGGCGGCGGAGCACAGACCAAAGACCGGGGGACCUCCACCGACGGGCCCUGCAGACACGGCUCCACCACGGCCGCGGUGACCCGCUCCAAGCUGCAGGAGAAGCCACCGGCUCCCCCGCCACCGCAGAACUACACACCGGCUCCCCUGUAUCCUGCAGGGAAGGUCGAUGGAAGUGGGAACCACCGGGAGAGGAUCCGCUACCACACGGAGGUUCACGUGGAGCCCACAGAGGAGAUCUAUCUGACUCCUGUGCAGCGUUCUGACGAAUCUCUAGAACCCCCGACCGCUCAGGACCGGCCUUAUCUCUCCCAGCAGACCGAGCAGGGCCGUAUGUCCAUCAGCUCCGACACUGAGGGCCCGCCUCCCUACCAGCCCCUCCCAGAUCGGACAAACCCCUCCAUCUACGAGGAGGACGAGGUCUACGUCCCCCCCCCCUCGUAUGCGUCCUGUGUAGAGUCCCUCAUCACGCCGCCCAGCAUGGCUCUCUCAGCUCGCUCCUCCCUCGCCCUGGACCUCAGCUUGAAGGGGGCAGGGACGGGGGCCGGGGCUGUGCUGAGAGCAGGGUCCUCUGUGGAAUAUGUGGACGCCACGGAUGAAAGCUACUGUGGAGAGGACGAGGAUGUGGACAGGAUAAUAAUGGACGGAAGAAUGAGGAAGUGCGUAGGAAAAGGCGGCGGCGGCGGCAGAUCUGCCCCCCCAAGGACUUCCAUGAGCUCGGAGGCCAGCGGCCUUUCGUAUGACUCAGUCAAAUACACGCUGGUGGUGGAUGAGCACGCUCAGCUGGAGCUGGUCAGUCUCCGUCAGUGCUACCAAGGCUACAGUGACGACAGUGACACGGCCACCAUCUACGACAACUGCGUCUCCUCGCCCUACGAGUCGGCCAUCGGCGAGGAGUACGAGGAGGACGAGGAGGACGAGGAGGACGAGGAGGACGGGGCUCAGAUGGGAGGAGUCAGGAGAGAGGCCACCGCUCGUCUCUCUGAAGACUCCACACCUGAGGCCGACCUGCACUUCUCCAAGAAGUUCCUCAAUGUCUUCAUGAACGGACGCUCCAGCUCCUCCAGUGCAGAGUCCUUCGGUUUAUACUCAUGUGUCAUAAACGGCGAGGAGAAGGACCAGAGCCACAGAGCCGUGUACAGAUUUGUCCCUCGCCACGAUGACGAGUUGGAGCUGGAGGUGGACGACCCGCUGCUGGUGGAGGUCCAGGCGGAGGAUUACUGGUACGAGGGCUACAACAUGCGAACUGGUGCCCGUGGGAUCUUCCCGGCCUACUAUGCUACAGAAGUGACCAAGGACACGGAGAGCUUCAAAGGAACCGAAGUGAAGAGCAGUGAGUGGAUGGACAGAUACCGGCUGAAGUUCCUGGGCUCGGUCCAAGUCCCCUACCACAAAGGAAAUGAUGUUCUGUGCGCCGCUAUGCAGAAGAUUGCCACCAACAGAAGGAUGACAGUGAAGUACAACCCACCGUCCUCCUGCAUCCUGGAGAUCAGCGUGAAAGGCGUCAAACUCGCAGUUCAGGAGGAUUAUUACGCUUGUGACCGAAGUAAUGAGUGCAGCCACUUCUUCCAGUUAAAGAACGUCUCCUUCUGCGGCUUUCACCCCAAAAACAGCAAGUAUUUCGGAUUCAUCACGAAACAUCCGGCAGACCAGAGAUUCGCCUGCCACGUGUUUGUGUCUGAGAACUCCACGAAGCCCCUGGCGGAGUCAGUGGGGAAAGCCUUCCAGUUGUAUUAUAAAGAAUUUGUGCAGUUAUCGUGCCCGACAGAGGACAUCUACUUGGAAUAGCACUGCCCUGCCUUCAGCCACAGCUCUGUACAUUACAGUGUAUCAUACCUUAACGUUGCAUGAGGGACAGAAAUAUUCUAAUUUAAGAUAAAUACAAAAUUAACCCAUCUGACCAACGAGCAGGAGGAUGAAGGAUGGAGUAUUGGAGCAGCGACGAAAAAACCCUGAGGAAAAAUAUGCAAGAUGGAGUCGGGGGUGAGACGAGCGAUCGCAGGCUGCACACGGAGAAGCACAAACGCUCAGCAGCGCCUGGAGCCCGGAGCGUCGUUCCGGCAGGUGUGGGGCCGAAAAGCCCCGGGGAAAAGAGACGGCUGAUUUGACUGCCAAUAUUUAAAGUCUAAAAAUGAAGGACGUGUACAUUUACUGAGCGACAUCCUCCCACUGACCACGUGCUCUGUGCUGUAGGAACACUUUAUCCUUUUAUGGACACCUGGAAUAAAGAGGUGAUCCAUCUUAAUCCACCUGAUCCACCAUGUUUAAAAAACAAAAAGAAAACUGCUGGAGGUGAUGUUCUCUGCAUUUAUUUAGGGCUUGACUCAGAUCUUUGUUUUGGACCGAAGGCCGAACCGAAAUGAGAUGAUUUAUCUUACUUGUGUCCCCAAGCUUGUCCCGUUACCGCUGGCCCCUGAGCUGCAGUUGGACGCUUGGGAUUCUAACAAGUUGAACCUCAGCUCAACCUUUGCUAAAAGUAUUGUGUGAUUCAUCACUGCACCUCAAGGAAUCCUGAAUAACCUUUUAAUUCGGCUCCCACGAUAUGCACAGUAAACCUGAAUUGCUCGUUCAAUGCCAGAUGCACCGCUUCUCUUCCGUGUGUUUUAAUACGGUAUGAAACCAGUGAGGAAGAUCGACAUCGCCCAACUGAUAUCAGGGGUUAUUCAAUUUCAGAUACCGAUAUAUCAAGUCAUAUAUAUGGAUUCAAAAAAAGGUGGUUUUCAUUAAACUUUCAUGACAAAGAAAUUAAAUUGAGGCUAAAUGUAGGUACAAAUUUAUCUUUUCUUUUAAGCAUUAUUAAUUCUGUAAAAAUAUCCGUUUUCUUUUCAGCAAACGUAAACACAGAUUCUGAUAUAUCGGUGAAAUAUUCACAUCGGCCAAUUUCUUCCAGCCGACCAAUGAAUCUGACUCUAAUACUGAAAACAGGAAUAAACAAUCGGGUUUAUAAUAGAAGACGUGUGCACGGAGACACGGAACAGCCUCUGUGUGCUGUGCUGGAAGCUGCACCCCCCCCCCACCCCCCCGUACAUCAGAAGUUUGAAACGCUCUUUCCGUGCAAAAGCCAAACUCCGGUGUCCUCAGACCUUCACGAGUAGUGCCUCUUUCUCAUCGCAUCAUUUCCACCUCGCUCAGCGACCGCUAUCACGACAUUCUGAGGGAUUUCCAUCGAGUGUGUGUUUGAAGUUCAAGAGUUUGAAAGCAGACUGAAGUGCAGGAGCAUGUUUUCUUCUCCACUGACUGAACUGUACCUGUGCUCGGGUUUGUUUGGUUUUUCUUCUUCUUGCCAUAUCUGUUUUAGACCAAGCAGGAUCCAAUGAAACUGAGCUAAUACAAAGCCUUAUGUCUGAGAGUAAUACUUUCAAGGGGGAAGACCCAAAGAUCCAGGCUAAGCUGAGACAGAUCCAAACAAUAUGUAGAGAUAUAAGAUCCAUGAUACUCGUAGGAACGUGGAAAGCACGUGUAGGAAAUCUUCGAAUGUAUUAAAUAAGACACUUACACAUUAGUUGCAGACGAAGAAUCGUCCAAACCAACGUUGAUGAUUAAACUGGCCUGGAGAUUUUUAAAUUUUAAUGUCCCAUGAGAUUCAAAAAAAUCCUGUUAGAAUAAACAAAAAAUAAACUAGCCAUUAUAAAUAUAUAUAUAAUAUAUAUAUAUAUAUAUAACUAAAAGCCAUAAAAUCGUCUUGUCUUGCAGUUCGCUUGAUAGAUAAAUUCCCCUAAAGAAGAUAGUUAGUGAAACAACUUUCUGGACGUUGUGAUUUCGAGGUCUAAAUCCUUUUGCUUAAAAGACGCCGGUUUUACCCGUGUACUGUAAAUUGAGAUAGAACCCCCCCCCCCCUCCUCCCUCUAUCCACAACAUAGACCUGUCCCGGCACAGGUCCAGAAGCUCUGGAAUUGAAAAUGUGCUUCCUGCCUCUUUUAUCUUUGUCCUUUUCAACAAACCAAAAAAGUGAAUUAUUUGUUAUCACUGGCAUCGCAUCAACAUAUCAACACUGACUUUUAUAUGAAGUUCCCUUCUCAAGAGCCAAUCAGGUGGACAGUAUGGAAAAGGUACUGUUGUCGGGGGGGUGGGGGUGGUGGCUAUACAAAGGGUGUACAGACAUGCCAUAUAUAAAUAAAUACUUUAAUAUCUGUAAUUAUAACAUGACAUUGUACUGAUUCAACAUGUAGUACGUGAAAUUUCUUUUUAUUUUGGAUUUAUCGUUUGGUUUUUUUUUUAGGUGUGAAUUCUUUAUUUAAAA